ACAAGUUCUGACAAGAGUGUCAGUACAGCUUGUCUGCGGAUGGAUGCUGGAGGUUUCAGACAACAAAGCCAACAAUGGAGAUGAACCCAGGCAAGUUGAAGGCAACACUGUGCAAGACUUCAUCCAGGAUUUGUGGCAUCUACACAGCAAAGAGUAAAACAAGCAGGGCGGAGAAGCUUCUCCUGGUCAUCUCCUGCCUGCUCACCAGUCUCAUUUUAACCGUCCUUCUCUUUCUCGCCCUCCUCUUUCCCUUCAAAUGUGGCUUUGGGGUUUCCAUUGCUACCACUGGUGCAUUUUGGCUCUGCAUCACAAUAGCCAUGUGCUUCUCUCAGAGAGUCCGCUGUUUUUGGACUCUCUUUCUUAUGUCCAUCGGUUUGAAGCAAGGUAGGAACCUGCUCAUCACGGCCGGCACAACUAUAGUGAUCUUCUUGAACAUUCGAAACAUACUGAAGAACCUCAGAGGACUUGCUAAAGGUCUGCUCUGCACUGUUGAGGAGAAAUUAGUUGCCAUUAAUCUACCACCCCUCCAAAAUUACAUACAAAUGCUGACAUGGGUGGCUCUUCAACUCAAAAAAGGCCUACCAGAACAUGUGACACUUGGGAAUUACUAUACAAAUUACAGUUUUAUUCCAACUGUACACUCACAGAACUUCACAAACAAAUUGGCAGAAGCAGACAGAGCUCUGAAUGAGACCGCAGAGAGCAUGCUGGCUGUGAUUGACACAGUGUCCUCCGUGGGAAAGACGGUGUCUCCACUUUUGGGUGUGGUGGUUUUGGUCAUCCUCACAGCGCUAUACCUGUGGAGGUUUCGCUCUGACCCAAAGCAAAACAUCUUCAUCACCAGAAACUUCAUAAAGUAUGAUGAAAAUCAGCGUCUGCAGGGAAAGCCCUCAGUUCUCCCCCUCAGCAAGAAGGAGGCAAAACGUUACGUCAUGGUUCCGUCUGCUGGUUUUACCAAAAAGGAAGCAAAGGCCAUGCUUAAGUUCAGCCUCCCUAUCAUAACUCACAGCCUGGGCUGGCUCUUUUUCGUUGGAAUGGAUGCUCUGUUGUACUGGACUAUCAUCACUCUGAAGAAGCGGUUGGAGGAGCUGGAGCCACUUCAUGUUCCUGUGGCUUUAGAAAUGGAGAAAGGAGCUUUUUUUGUAGGUGCUGUCAUCGAGGAGGAAAAAAAAGUGAAGAACUUUUCCUAUGACGUGCCUGUUUUUGAAAAGAAGUGCCUACCACAACCGGAACUGUGGUUAUACGAAUCUCUGACACCUCUGUCAGCCAUCCUUGGCUCGCUGUUUCUUCUGGUCAUGGUGUCCUCAAAGAUGGACCAGAUGAGGCUCCUGGUGUCUGAGCAGUUCUUCUCAGAUCAUGCUGAAGAGAGGAUCACUACACUUCACAAAAAGAUCCUGAACAAAAGAUCCAAGUGGAAGGUUCCGACUGCAAAACAAACCCUGAAGUCUUUUGCCACACAGCUCCAUUUUUGGUUUCCCAUAUUCUUCCGUCAUGAACAAAACCUUGAGAGAAUUACGUGAGGUUUGUUUUCAGUUGAUCUUACUCUGUUCUUAGGAAAGUGCAGACAAAAUGUUUCAGAGGUAUAUUUUUAAUAUGAUACCUUUGCAUAAGUGCUGAAUGCAGAGCAGGUGCAAACCUUACACUGUAAAUAUGCUGUAUAUACUUUAGUUCUUUUUCUAUGUGUCCCGUCAUGUGUAUUAGCAGUUUUGUAAACAAAGAAUGUGUCUAAU